AUGAUUGCAACUUUGCCUAGUAGUGUUCGGCAUAUUCAAGAACGAUUACUUGAGUUGGAAACUAAACUCCCAGCUUUGGCUACGUAUGAAGCUGAAGGAAAACAGCCAGACAACUCUUACACUUUACCCUUGGCGCAACAAGCAUUUAAUCGUCUCGGGAGUGACAGUUCCAUUAGUGACAAAUUACGAUGGUUGGCGCCUCAUCUUCUCGAGGCUCUUGGCCAUGGUUCUUCCGAGAAUCAGGGAUCACUAUCACCAUCCUGGAGAAUGAUUCCUCGGCCUCAGCCCGUUCCAAAUGACAAUCAUGAGUCACCAAUCAGUACUCUGCGAUUGGAUGGCAUUGAAGACUACUUAUUCGACGGCCAUGGUGACUCUGAUCUGAACCCCGAAUCUUUUGAAAUGUCUGGCAUGACCGGCGAUAUGGGACUUGGAAACAUAGACGACUUCCUCGACCUCCAGAAUUGGCUAUAG